CUGUCUGAACAUUGACUGCUUAGCACUUUAGACUCCGCUCAGACAUUCUCUUCCAACUUUUUCCAGGCUGAUCUGCUUUCUGCCUUAUUUUCCUCCUCAACCAUGAGGUUCACUGUUGCCACUGUUGCCAUGGUGAUGCUGUGUGUAAUGGCUAUCCAUGCAGAUGUUAAGCCUCAGAAAGACUUCAACCUGCAGAAGUUUACAGGAAAAUGGUACCGUGUUGGCUUUGCCUAUGACUCUCCAGGUUUUGCGCCAUACAGGGACAAACUUAGGGCAUCUAUGGGCAUGAUCACCCAGAUGCCUGAUGGCAACGCAAACCUCACCAUGUGGGAGCUCUCGCCUCUGGGUUGUCAAAGCCUGAUGUACCAAUAUAACAAAACCAAUGUACCUGGAGAAUUCAUCUACUUCAGCACACGUCACAACAUGUUGAAGGACAUCACAGUGGUGGACACAAACUACACUGAAUAUGCUUUGGUUCUUAAGCACAAGGGUUGUCUGUUUUCGGUCCCCUGCUCCACAAUCUCUGUUCUCCCGUUUGCAGGCCGCACACCAAGAGUUCGCUACAACAUUCUCCAGAAGUUUAAGGCCUUUAGUUUGUCCCAAGGUUUACCCAAAGAGUCCAUUUUGGUUCCACCUCCAGCAGAGAAUUGCCCGACAUCUGAAUCUGCACAGUAGAUUCCUAAUGUUCUCUCCAGGUUCCCUGAUGUUGCUGGGAUGGAGAAAGAGGCCUCAGCUAUGAAGUGCAGCUGUCAGGAUAAACGAGAAGUGGUGCACAGAACCAGAAAAUUCAUAAAAAUCUGAUAUGGCAGGUUAAAUUUGAGUGCAUGGUUAUUUCUGUAGUUUUGUUUUUAUUCCCAUUCUAUGUCAAGAGUUAAAUAAACAAAAUAAUCUGCA